GCAGCGCGGGCGCCAUUGCGGGAGGUGGUGGCCCGGACCCGGGUUGGUAGACGCGGAGGCGGUGAGUGAGUGCGCCCAGUGCUAGUCCCGCACCUUUCCCACUCCCAGGGUCCUGAACUCGGCGACCUACGUUUAAUUUGUGAACUAUUUGUGUCCCCGACGCAAGACAUCGCAGCUUUUCCGCCUCAGCCGCGGGGACCCUGAGUAACGUAAUGCACACGGAGCAACAGAAAGCCGGGGCUGUUUAAACUUAUUUACGUAUUUUUGCACAAACACAUGAUACUGUGUGAUUGAAGUCGUGCUAUACACACUGAAUCCUCUGUCCCCAAUGACAUCCGAGUGGGACAGAAGCAUUUCCUAGACAGGUCACCCUAAUGCACUGCUGCGCUGCGUUACAAUAUACUAAAGGACCUUGCUAUUUGGUGCACAAAAUGUAUUUCUUGUCAUCCGUAACUAUCGCAACGGCAGAAUUUCAUCUUACUCCACUGUCAAAACAGCAUCGGGAUGAGGAGUGAGCAUCGAGGCUGGGCCGGGGCUCCGCUUGUGACCUGUGCCCCCAGCAUUUCAUCUCUGUUACAGACAUGCUGCUGUGCCAUCUAAUGCUUUAAAUCUUUUAAAAAGUGUCGACCUCGUGAAAAACAAAAAGCUUGAAAAACUUACAGAUUAGGGGGCACUAAGGAGAGCUGACUUAAUGCAGGAUCGUAGGUUACAGAAAGAACGAAGUGGAGGAACGGAUGAAGAAAUACUCCUUAGGUCUCUACAAGACCAAGACUGUGGAAUUUCUUCUGCCAACUCAGGUGAAUGUCAUUACAGGUAUCCAUCCUAAAAUUGUUUCUCACAAGAUCCCUGACAGGAGACAGAUUUGAGUCUCAUAGAAAAAGUCUCUAUAUAAAUGAUUGGUGUCAGGAGCCACAUUCAGAAACCCUAGAAAACCAGCUCUCAAGGACUGAGCCUGAUGCUGAGGCUGCCAGUGCUAUCGCAUCUCUGACUGAGCUGCUGUGCUGGAGGAGAACAAAGCUUCGGUGUCACCAGCACCCAGGAACUUCAGAGGUAGAGGUGUGGCACUACUGAAUGCAGGUACCCACAGGCAAGGAACUUUUCAUAAUAGCACAAACCAAAAAAUAUUCUUAAAUUAAAAAAAAAACAACUUGCUCAACAUCUCAUUCCCAGAGACAGAUUGAGGGUUAUGCCUUCUCAGAAUGUGGUUCUUUCCCAGGAAGGGAACACGAAGGAGACAGAAAUGGAUGAUGGAUCACAGAAAGUCAGGUCUCGAGAAUCCCUGACAUUCCAGGAUGUGGCUGUGGACUUCACCAAGGACGAGUGGGAACGGCUGUACCCUGCUCAGAAGAACCUCUACCGAGACGUGAUGCUGGAGAACUACAGGAACCUGGUCGCACUGGGGCAUCAGGUUUAUAAGCCACCAAUGAUCACUCAGCUGGAGCAGGAAGAGCUGUGGAUGAGAGAAGGAGGCCGCCCAGUGGGAGCUCACCUAGAUGGGGACAAUGGACCUAAAAUCAAAAAAUCAACUCUAAACCAGAAUAUUUCUGAUGAAAAUCAAACCUGUGACAUUGUUAUGGAAAGACUAACGGGAGACAAUUUCUGGUAUUCCAUCUUAGGAGGACUUUGGGAUUUUGAUUAUCAGUUUGAAUUUAACCAAGAAAACCAGCAGAGACUUUUAAGACAAGUAUCUUUCAUCCACCAAAAGAUUACACAAGAAAGAAGCAGUAACAGAUUUGAAGAGAAUUAUAAAAAGAACUCAAACCUUAUAUAUCAAAGGAGUCCUUCAAUUAAAAUACCCUUUAAUUAUAACACACCAGGAAAUAGCAUCAAACAUAAUUCAGACUUGAUUUACUAUCAGGGGAAUUAUGUAAGAGGAAAUCCUUAUGAAUAUAAUGAAUGCGGAAAAAUCUUCAAUCAACAUAUUCUCACUAAUCAUAUUCAUACUGGAGAGAAUUCCAGUGAAUGUGGAAAGAGCUUCAGCCACAAUUUGUCCCAUACCCAACCUCAGAUAGUGCUCACAGGAGAGAAACCCUAUAAGUGUGAUGAAUGUGGGAAAAGAUUUAGCCAGAGAAUACAUCUUAUUCAACAUCAGAGAAUUCACACAGGGGAAAAACCUUUUAUAUGUAGUGAAUGUGGGAAAGCCUUCCGUCAACAUUCUUCCUUCACUCAGCAUUUGAGAAUCCAUACUGGAGAGAAGCCAUAUAAAUGUAAUCAAUGUGGUAAAGCCUUUAGCCGCAUCACUUCUCUUACUGAACAUCAUAGACUUCAUACUGGAGAAAAGCCUUAUGAAUGUAGUUUUUGUGGGAAAGCCUUCAGCCAGAGGACUCAUCUUAAUCAGCAUGAAAGAACACAUACAGGAGAGAAACCCUAUAAAUGUAAUGAAUGUGGUAAAGCCUUUAGUCAAAGUGCACACCUUAAUCAACAUUUGAAAAUCCAUGCCCGUGAGAAAUUAUGUGACUAUAAAUUUGAGAAAACUUUAAGCCACAAGCCUUCACUUAGCAGCAUAUAAGUUGUGGUGGGGUAAACCAUGAAUUUAUAAAUAAUGGAAAAAUUUUAUCAGAUCUUUCAAUAUCAAAUCAUUCAUUUUGGAAAGUUUAUAAGUAAACUUCUAAUGCAUAGAAAUCAAAUAAAUGUAUACUUUAGUAACAUGUAUGUAUACUUUAGUAACAUGUAUUCCCAGUAGGGGUUAUAACUAGUGAAAAUUAUUUUAUAAACAAUAUAUUGAGCCA